GUUUAAAUCGGUUCUUUAUGGCUGCUUCUGGCUCUCAGUUUCAAAAUGUCGAGAGUGUACGUCGGUCGCAUACCCCCACGUUGUACGGAAAGAGAUAUUGAGAGGUUUUUCAAAGGUUAUGGACGAUUAAGAGACAUUGUUCUAAAGAAUGGAUAUGGCUUUGUUGAGUUCGAUAACGAAAAGGAUGCAGAUGACGCCGUCUAUGAUCUUCAUGGAAGAGAUCUACGCGGUGAACGCUUGAUUGUUGAGCAUGCUCGCCUUCCUCCAGGCACUCGAGGCGGCAGCAGAAGGGCAGGUGGUGGUGGUGGCGGAGGAGGUGGCGGCAGUGGUCGUGAUCGUAGGUACGGUCCACCAACGAGAACAGAGUAUCGUGUUAUUGUUGAAAAUCUCUCGUCGCGUGUUAGCUGGCAGGAUCUCAAGGAUCUAAUGCGUAAGGCUGGGGAGGUUACUUAUGCGGAUGCACAUAAGUCAGCUAAAAACGAUGGCAUUGUCGAAUUUGCUGCCUAUGCUGAUAUGAAAGAAGCAAUCGAAAAAUUCGAUGGGUACGAACUCUAUGGACGUCGGCUACGUGUUUACGAAGAUCGACCUGGCCAGCGGUCCAGAUCUGGGUCUUACAGAUCGCGAUCUGAUAGUCGCCGGUCACGAAGUCGGGACUCUCGGAGGCAGAAGUCGCGAAGUCCUCGACACCGACAUGAUAGGUCACUUUCCAGUGAUAGACAAAGGUCAGAGUCCGGUGAAGACUCGCGCAGACGUUCCAGAGAAAACUCGAAUGAUUUACGGUCAAGGAGUCCCUCACGCCGUUCCGGAACUAACCGUUCAAACGCAAGAUCCAUAUCUCAUCACAGUAAUAAGCGCUCACUGGAUGCUGGUUCCCGUUCCCCAAGCUGCAAUGGAAGAGAGAAUAGCGUCAAAAAUGACAUAGAUCGCCGUUCAAGAUCACGAUCAAUUUCGCACUCACAAUCUAGAAGCAGGUCACGUUCGGCGGAUUCAAGGUCUCCUGGUCGUUCACACACACGCUCGCGCUCUGCAUCACGAUCACGUUCAAUGUCACACCGAAGUGAAUCAGGAACACCAAGACGAUCGGAUGAAGAAAUGGAUGGGAGGAGCAACGGCUGUCACGAGAUUCGAGAAGGGGAUUAUGAUGAAUGAUCGCAUUUAAUGUAGACUUUGAGUCACUGUUAUCUUACAUGCAUACUAAAUAUUCUGCAUAAUGCAGCUUUUUCAUACUCU